AAUAUACUUCACCUAUACUGUUUGGUAAUCUUCUUGAAACUAUUUUUCUAUUACAUUUGCUUCCAAUAAUUUUGUUUCACUUCUUAAAUCGAUUCUUCAUCGAAAAAGUGUAGAACAAAAUAGCGAGGAUUUCUUUUGACGCAUAUUUUUGGAGAUACAUUUUUGAAAACUAUUGAUAGUCAUGUGGGAUGGGUUUACCAAUUCGUUUUGGAGUAGAGAUUAUAUCACCGGUGUUAAAAGUGCUCAGGAGUUAAUUAAUCAAGGCAUUGAGCAAAACAAAAGCUUGCUGUUCUUAUUGCAAGCAAAGUCUAAGGCACUGAUUGCAUGCUCUGACAUUUUGGUAAAAGCAUGUCUUAAACACGACAAACAAUACCCGUUUAGUCAUGAGACAAACAUUCUAUUGACUAAUGCAGCCAUUCACGAACUGAGAGAAGAUUAUUUUUGCGAAGCAAGCUUACAGAAAAAAUGGAGCGAACAGUUAGAAGCUCUAGUAAUUAAUCCCUUCGAGAAAUGGAACAAGUCGUAUACGAAACGGGUUGGUUCCCUAUCUGCUUCUAUUCAAGUCAAAAUUGAUAACUAUAACUCACGUUUGAUACAUGUCCAACGAUUGAAAUCUUCCAUACUGAACCCAAAACAACGUGGACAUAGAAAAUCGAGCUCGUUGGGAUCUAUCAAUACGUCAACUAGAAACAGCAACUCAAAGAUUGAAUCCGACAUACCCUAUAUUCUAGCUGGUAAAAACUAUUCAAACGAUGAGUUUUCUAAGCUUUUAUUAAGCUUGAAAGAUUCAAUUAACAAGGUGAACCAUAACAGCCCCGCCGAACCUGUAGCGCAUGGAGCAAACUUUCAAAAAGCAUUGUCAUAUACACUUCCAGGACUAGACAAGCCACAGCUCGAACAAGUUACUGAAGAUUUAGCGUCUCUAGACAUUCUUGACGUGCAAGAACGAUUAGACAAAUCAACUAACGUACGGGAUUUGAAUAUUCACUUGACACAGAAAGCUUCAGACCUCAUCAAGACCAUUCAGGUAGAUUCUUUGGAUAGCUCUGCUUAUUUAACUGUUCCAAGUGAACAAAAAAAUUACUCUAUUCCGAGUGUUCUUGAUAAAUAUUAUUUGGCGUUCAGUAAUUUGGAACAAUCAAGACUAGAGUUAGAGCAACACUUGUUUACAUAUUAUAAAGCGCUUGAAAAUUGCGAGAUUGACAGACUUUCUGCGAUCAAAACCAUUUUCACCGACAAUUCCCAGUGUUUCUCAGGAUUUAUAUCUGGUUUGGAAAGUGUUGUCUCAAAUCAAAUUAAAACAACACGUUCUUUGGAUAAAUUACAAGAUCUUUCUAAUCAAAUAAAGCGCUAUUACACUGGUUACUUUACAUCUAUUUCUAAUGCUGAUCUCUUUUUACAAAAUGCUUCUGAAUUUCCUGGCAAAUCAAAUUCUUCUAUUGAUACGCAGGUCUCUACAAUAGUGCCAGAAGUUUUAACCUAUUUAAUAGAUGGUUAUUCUUAUAUCAAAGACUUUGAUGCUCUAUACACGGUUUGGACGAAAGAGGUACCGCUAAGGAAUGCCUACGAAUUGAAGUCAAUAUUGCUCAAUGCAACCACCGAUCUUGUUCCAGUAUUGGAAAAAUAUCCUUUGCAUAUUAUUGCUUUUUCAUUAAAACUAUGUUUACUGGAAAUGUCCGAUUCUCUUAUCCGUUCCAGUUUUUAUGACUAUUUCAAUGCUCUUUAUUUAACUUACACGGAAGACAAAGAUAUAGAACAUCGCGUUUACUCUAUUCGCCAAUGUUUACUGCACCUCCAUAGUACUCCACUAAGAACGCUGGAAGACAUUAUAUCUCACUUUCAUUUUUUCGCUGAUUCUGCUCAGUUCUCUAAAGAUCAUCUAUACAAAAUUGCCAAAAUAAUCUCUCCAUGUAUAUUAAGGCCUCCCAAAAAUGUGAACCAAAUUUCAAUUGAGGAUACGCAUCCCAUUUCAUUAGUUGUAGAUUUAAUACAAGAGUUCAGGCAAUUAUUCGGGAACCUUGAACGUUCUGUUACACCUCCCAUAGAAAUGGAACGAGCACUGACUCCUAUUAAUACCUCUCCGACUAAACUAAAAUCUUCUAGGUCUUCAUCGCCCAUAAAAAUGCCUUCACCAACAAAGCUUUUUCGUCCAUUUUCUUAAAGGAAAAUCCAGUCAUACUUUCGAUGCGUUAAAUUACGUUUCUGCGAGACACGGUUUUCCGUCUGCCUGACUCACCGAUCUUACGACUGGUAUCAGUAAAAUCUUCUUCUUCACUAAAAUCCUCUUCUUCCGUUGCAUAGCGAACAGCAUCACUAACAAUGUUUCCUACUUUGUUGAACAGGUUACUACCCUUAUUUUUUAGAGAUAACCAUCCUCCCUCUGAAUCUUGAUGAUUUGGUGUCUUCGGUUGAGCAAAUAUAGUUCGAACAUUCUUAUUUAUCUAGUUAUUUGUUAGCCGUCAAUUUUAAGCUGUUUGGAUACUGAAUCUUACCUUAAAAAAUGGAUUUGGAGGAGUUUCAUCCAAGGAACUUCGAAAAUUGGGGAAAAAGGAUUUAGAGUCGCUCGAUGGUUCUUCUUGAUCUUUACUAGGCAAUUUAACAUUUUGAGAACUGCUGUUUUUGACGCUGUUGUAGGUUGCUCGCAUUCGAUUUUUCACUGAGCUAGCCAAAUAAUUUGUAUUGAAAGGUUUUCUGGAAAUAUAAGACAUAUCACUUCCCACGGUUUUGUUUUUCCUUAAUGACUCCAAUUCAAAAGUCACUUUCAAUAGUGUCGACAUAUCCGCAGAAAAUUGAGAUUGAAGUAGCUUUAUUGAAUCCGCAAAGCUAUACGUAAGAAGAAACUCUCGUAACUCAAUUAAAAUAGCACAACAAAAGUCUAUUGCAAAGUCGAAUGCACCGUUGAAGCCAUCUUCAUUUUUGCCUAAUAAACGUGCUCGCGUCUGAUCAGCAAUAAUAGAGUCCCACAGCCGUAUUACAUCCGGCAAUGGAAAUUCUUGAGUGAAAAGACAAGUAUACCAUCGAAAAGAAUAGUAAGUGGGAUUAAUUUCUUUCUUUUGCUGUACGAAUAAACUUGUUAACCUUUAUGCACAUGAUUGCUUCUCU